AUGUUGUCGACUUCUCUGUAUGCCCUGGCCGGACUAGCCACGUGGGGUAGCGGUAUUGGUACUGUUGCCCAGUCCAUCGUUGCGGAUGACACGACAUUCUAUGGACAAUCACCUCCAGUAUACCCAUCACCCAAUGGAACCGGACUUGGAGAUUGGGCAGACUCCUAUUCAAAAGCUCGAGCCCUUGUGGCUCAGUUAACCCUAGAAGAAAAGGUCAACCUUACCGGCGGCGUUGAAGUUAAUAGCUCAUGUUCUGGUAUUAUCCUUCCUAUAGAGAGAGUCAACUUUACCGGCCUCUGUCUCAGCGAUGCUGGUAAUGGAGUGCGCACUACCAACUUCGCCUCAAGUUGGGCUUCGGGCCUUUCGGUUGGUGCAAGCUGGAACCGCGAAUUGGCUCAUAAGAGAGCCGUUGGCAUGGCUGGCGAAUUCCGAGCGAAAGGGGUCCACAUUGCUUUAGGACCCGUCGUCGGCCCCUUAGGCCGUAUCGCAUCAAGUGGAAGGAAUUGGGAAGGCUUCGCCAAUGACCCUUAUCUGUGUGGUGCUCUAGCCGCCGACACUAUUAAGGGCAUACAGUCGGUGGGAGUCGCGACAAGCACAAAGCAUUUCAUCGCCAAUGAGCAGGAGACUAAUAGAAACCCUGAGGGUAACGUCACCGCUGUCUCAUCGAACAUUGACGACAAGACCAUGCAUGAAUUAUAUCUCUGGCCUUUCCAAGAUGCCGUAAAGGCUGGUACCGUAAACGUAAUGUGCUCAUAUAACCGAAUCAACAAUAGUUAUGGGUGCGGCAACAGUAAGACGCAAAACGGACUUCUGAAGACUGAACUGGGAUUCCAGGGCUUCAUCGUUUCAGACUGGUGGGCUCAGCAUUCGGGUGUUUCUACAGCACUUGCAGGUCUAGAUAUGACGAUGCCGUACGCCUCGCCAUAUUGGUCUAGCAAUCUAACACAAGCUGUGAAAAACGGAUCUGUUCCGGAAUCUAGAAUAGACGACAUGGCAACAAGAAUUUUAGCUACAUGGUAUAAAUUAGGCCAGGAUGAAGGCUUUCCGGCUAUGGGCCAAGGGAUGCCGUACGACCUCUCGAGGCCUCAUCAGCGAGUUAUCGCAAAGUCGGCAAGCAAUAAGGAUAUUUUACUACAAGGAGCUGUCGAAGGCCAUGUCUUGUUGAAAAAUACUAAUAAUGCGCUACCACUCAAGUCGCCCAAAUUAAUCUCCUUGUUUGGAUACUCUGCGAAAUCAUUCGACGUAUAUACUCCAGGGGGUGGUGGCUGGAACGCAGGCUCACAGGCAUUAGCUCCAGCUGACUUGAUUCCAAAUGGCGACGAUGUAAUUCAUACUCAAAUUGCUGCUAAUGGUACGCUGAUCAGUGGUGGUGGAUCUGGCGCAAACAUGCCAGCCUAUGUCAGUUCUCCCGCGGCGGCAUUGAGUCAGCGUGCUUAUGAGGACGAUACAAGCCUAUGGUGGGACUUCCACAGCGGGAACCCUCAAGUCGACCAGUCUUCAGAUGCUUGUAUCGUUGUUGGUAAUGCUUAUGCGUCAGAAGGCUUUGAUAGGCCUGGGCUGCAUGACGAUUUCACGGACGCUCUCAUCACCAAUGUCGCGUCUCAAUGCAGCAACACCAUUGUGGUGUUUCACAACGCAGGUGUUCGCCUUGUCGACCAGUUCAUAGACCAUCCUAAUGUAACAGCCCUCAUCUUCGCGCAUCUUCCCGGACAAGACUCUGGUAGAGCUUUGACUUCUAUCCUCUACGGCGAUGUCAGUCCUUCAGGCAAAUUGCCGUAUUCAGUGCCGCGCAACGAGUCAGACUACGGCCCAGUUCAAAAUGCGACGUCUCCCGACGGUAUAUAUGAACUAUUCCCGCAGUCCGACUUCACGGAGGGCAUCUACAUCGACUACAGGGCCUUUGAUGCCAAGAAUAUAACUCCCCGCUACGAGUUUGGUUUUGGCCUAAGUUAUACCACCUUCAACUUCUCAGACCUCAUAGUUUCUACAGUCGAUGACGCUGAUACGUCAUCGUACCCCUCAAAGCCGAUCGUCGAAGGUGGCCAUGAAGACCUCUGGGACAUCGUAGCCAAGGUCUCCGCGACAGUGGCUAACUCAGGUUCCGUGGUGGGUGCCGAGGUCGCGCAACUCUACAUCGGUAUCCCUAACGGCCCCGUAAAGCAGCUACGCGGGUUCUCAAAAUCAGUACUUGAACCUGGAGAAUCAGUAGUUGUCGAUUUUGAGUUAACAAGAAGAGAUCUGAGCACGUGGGAUGUAGUCGCACAGAAAUGGCUCUUACAGAAAGGCGACUAUGGAGUCUUUGUCGGAUCUAGUAGCCGAGCGUUACCUUUGACUGGGACUUUUUCGAUCUAA